CGGCGCAUUAAUUCGAGGCUGAUACCUGUCGACGUCAAAGGGCCGUGAUCAACACGAUUUAUCACCGGAACAUAUAUCCUUAAAUUUUCAUUUGAAUCCGAGAAACGGUGAAGACACGAGAGACCAACAAAAAGAACACAUCUGAGGACAGCUUUACAAUACAAUAAAAAUAUGCUGCGGCCAGGUCAAAUUAUUAUUAUAGGAUUAUUUUAUCUUCACAACAUAGAGGCUGAACUUGACCAAAAUAAUAUUCUUCAUCCAGUCAAAACUGUAGAAAGUGCCACAAAAAUUCAUGGAGAAAACCCAUCAUAUUUGGUAAAGGAUUCAGAUAAAAGAAGCAGUGGCUUUUUCCGUAUAGGUAAGAGUGCAUCAACGAAGGACAAGAGUAACGACAAACUGAAGGAAAACUAUAAAUUGGAUGACAAAAGUGAAGUGGAGGAAGUUGAUGAAUAUAUUCCUGUAGAUAUUAGGAUAAUUCCUUAUGCAAAGAGUGGGUCGGGAGCACGAUUCUAUGUUCCCGUGGAAAUAGAAUCACAGAAAGAUGACGGCACUCCAACCGAAGAGGAAAAGAGAGCCUCUGGAUUCUUUAGAAUAGGUAAAAGUAAGGGAAAUGUCGGAGAAAAAAGAAAUUUCUUUAGAAUAGGGAAAUCUUUAGAUCAUGACACGAAGCACAAAAAAGCAAGCGGAUUUUUUCGAAUUGGUAGGAUGUCUCUUGACCAGAAUACAAAAGACAAAAAAGCAAGCGGAUUUUUUAGAAUUGGUAGGACACCUAAUGAGGUCAUGGACAAAAGGGCCAAGGGUUUUUUUCGAAUUGGAAAAAGUUCAAACGAUAUCGACGAAAAACGAACCUCUGGCUUUUUCAGGAUUGGUAGAAGUAAAAUUAACGACAAAAAAGCACAAGGAUUUUUCAGAAUUGGUAAAAGCAAAGGAUUUUUUCGAAUUGGAAAAGCCGUUCCUAUGGACGUCGAAAAGAAGGCAAGCGGAUUUUUCCGGAUCGGAAGAAAUCGUCCAACAGAUAUGAACAAGAAAGCAAGUGGGUUUUUCCGCAUUGGAAAGAGUAUACAGGGACAAGAUAGCGACAAAAGAGCCAGUGGAUUUUUUCGAAUUGGAAAAAGUUGUUCCGAGGAUUCAAAAAGAGCAAGCAGUUUUUUUCGUAUAGGAAAGAGUCACUCUGGAAAAGAUGAAGAGAAGAACUCAGAAAAUCAAAUCCUUUCGAUGUCCUCAACCCAAAAUCCUGAACAACAGAACAAAGAAAAGAGAGCGGGGCGAUUCUUUAGAAUUGGUAAAAGAACCCACGGUAGGAUUACAAAGAGAAGUUCUGGUGACGAUGUUUCAGCAUAUGAACAAAUGUACGAUACAGGUUAUCCAGAAGAAAACAAGAGAGGUUACAUAAGGAUAGGCAAAGUGCCUGCCUCAGCCUUCAUGAGAAUCGGCCGUCAACAUUUUCUACAGUCUCUGGUUAGUGAUCCAUUUUAUAGAAAUGGAAGGAUUCGACAGAGCUCCUUUAUGAGGAUCGGAAAAAGGAGUGUGAGAGACAAAGACUUGGAAAGAGAGCAACUUUUAGCAUUUACUGGUCACAUUCUGUAAAGUAUUUUGUAACAACGAAAAAAGAUUUAUGAUAAAAGAAACAUGCAGAUCUUUUUUAUAAAAAAGAUACAAAAAACGUCUCAAAUUACUUGCAUUUUGGCACAGAAAAUGAGAAACAUGAGAUUUCUACAAUAAUAAAGAAAGCUUAAGUAAAUGAUUUAUAUUAACAAACUUAACAAAAAGUUUACAUUUAUUUUUGUCCAAGAAUUUUCAAAAUGCCAAAUGAUUGUUUGAUCUGCUAUGUAGAUAUGCAACAAGUCAAACAUGUAGGGAAUUUUCUCCAAAAAGGCUUGAUUUCUACAUAUAUAUUAUAUCUUCUGUUAACAUUAUUGAAGUAUUGAUAGAAUAGUUAUAAAUACUUGAAAAAAGGCAAAAUUUAAACAUCAUUUUUGUAGGUAUACUUCUCUUUAUAUAAGCGAUGUAGUUUCACAUCGUUAGUAAAAAAUUACAAAAUUUGAUGAUGAAGUCAAUCCGCUGUAGCAUUUUGCAAUAAUAACCUACUGAAUUUCUUGCUGCAUCAUUAAUUGAUGCGAUCAUCAGUGUGUGAUAGAGAUUUAUUUUACCAAUAUUUGUACAAACAGUUAUUUUUUGAUAAAAUUUGCUUUUUUGAAGUUGUUACUUUAAAAGUAAAUGUUCUCAAAUAAAAGCAUUUAUGCAU